UAUCUGUGACACAGCCCUCCCUGCCUCGCAGUCUCCUCCCCGGCCCGGUGUUUCCGCUUCCUCGGGUCACACAUGGCUGCUGCAGACUCCGUCUCCGGGGACAUGGAGGUGCCGGUGGGCUGCGAGCACUACACGCGGGGCUGUGAGCUGAGGGCUCCGUGCUGUGGUAAGUUUUACAUCUGCCGCCUUUGCCAUGACAACAAAGAGGCACACAAAAUGGACCGUUUCAAGGUCACACAAGUCCAGUGUAUGAAGUGCAAGCUUAUUCAAAAGGCGCAGCAGGCGUGUGAGCAUUGCAACCACAUUUUUGGAGACUAUUUCUGCAAUAUAUGCCAUCUGUAUGACAAGGACAAGAAGCAGUAUCACUGUGAUGGGUGUGGUAUAUGCAGAAUUGGUCCAAGGGAACAGUUUGAACAUUGUACAAAAUGUAAUUUAUGCCUGCCAUUAAGCUUCAGAGGAAACCAUAAGUGCAUUGAAAAUGUGUCGCGACAGGACUGUCCUAUAUGUCUGGAGGAUAUACAUACUUCCAGGGUGGGAGCACGCGUUCUCCCUUGUGGACACCUCUUGCACAGUACAUGUUAUGAGGAUAUGCUAAAACAAGGAUACAGGUGCCCGUUAUGCAUGCGCUCUGCACUGGAUAUGUCACGGUACUGGCGCCAGCUAGAUGAAGAAGUCGCUCAGACUCCAAUGCCCUCUGAAUACCAAAAUAUGACUGUUUGUAUUCUCUGCAAUGACUGCAGUGCCAGAUCAACUGCACCAUUCCACAUUUUGGGAAUGAAAUGUGAAAGCUGUAACUCCUAUAAUACCACCCAAGAAGGAAAGCCUCUAUCUCAGCCGCUGACUUAGGGGCCAAGAUGACUGCAUGUUUAUAUUGGAGGGAUGAGUUGUGUAUUGGGUUUGAACUCUGCUCCUCCCAGAACAAUGAGACCACAGUCCAUGAAGGAACAAUUAAGCAGAAUUUCUCAAACUUUGUUCCGAGUGUGGCAUGUUUGGUCGGCAGUUAUCAUGUCAACAUGCAUGAGGUUUACAUGAGAAUGUCAACAUGCCUAGCACGAAUGAUAUGUUGACAUACUAAACUGUCUAUAAACGGUCCCUGGUGGGCUUGUGAGGUCUUACCAUCUCCCGGUGACAGCGACGCGUCCAGCGUCGUGUUCUGUGUCUUGGCGGUAAUGUGAGAAGCAGAUCCGGCUGUGAUAUCUGUGCAGCGACGUACCCUGUGAGUAUUCUCCCCCCUAUCCCAAACCCUAACUUUCUCUUACAUCCUAGAGGAUUCUGGGGUCCACAUUAGUACCAUGGGGGUAUAGACGGGUCCAUUUGGAGCCAUGAGCACUUAAAGAAUUUGAUGGUGUGGGCUGGCUCCUCCCUCUAUGCUCCUCCUACCAGACUCAGUUUAGAAAAUGUGCCCGGUGGAGCUGGUCACGCUUAUGGAAGCUCCUGAAGAGUUUUCUGCAUUUAUUUUCUAUUUUAUUAUUUUCAGGCAGGUCUGGUUGGCACCAGACUGCCUGCUUUGUGGGACUUAGGUGGGGGAAACUGCCCAACCUCCCUAAAAUUGGUUCCGGUAUGAAAGAUAGAUAGUGUCUAGUUAGAUAGUCAAUAGAUAGACACCAUAUGUUAGACAGACAUUAGGUCGACAUGGUAAAAAGGUCGACAUGAAAAGGGUCGACAGGUCAACAGGGUCAAAAGGUCGACAUGAAAAAGGUAGACACCAUGUUUUUUUCAUUUUUGUGGUUUGUGUGGUUGUCAUCUGGGACCCCCAAUUGUAUAAAGGUAUACCCUCGCGCGGCUCGCUGCGCUCGCCAUGCUUCGGGCACGGUGGCUCGCUGCGCUCGCCACAAGGUUUAUAACCAACUCUAUGCCGACAUGGAUAGAGAAAGUAUGAAAUAGUCCAAAAACAUGUUACAUAAAAAAAACCUUUGUCUAUCUUUUUUGUCGACCAUUUUUAUGUCGACCUUUUGAUCUGUCGACCUUUUUCAGAUCGACCUUUUGACCCUGUCGACCUAAUUUCUGUCUAACAUAUGGUGUCUAUUGACUGUCUAACUAGACACUGUCUAUCUGUCAAACGGAUACCCCUAAAAUUAAUGGUCCCGUUCGCUGCUGACAGGACACUGAGCUCCUGGGGGUCCUAUUCGCAAGCCCCACCACGGCAAGCGUACAAACCUGCAGCACGCCGACGCCACCCCUAACAGAGCCAGAAGACUGAAAAGUGGUGAGUAGGUGGCCGGCGUCCCGGUAAGUCGAUCGCCGGCUGUAAUGGCGGCAUAAGGGUAGGAGCGCAGCGCUGCAUGCACGCUGCACUCCAGGCUUCAGAUGCACGGCGUGACCGCUGUGAUGGGCGGCUGGAGCCACUACUAUUACCCACAAACUGGCAUACUUUACAGGGGUUUUAACCCACUGUAGACUUUAUUGUGCACCUCAGCCAGUAUAAAACCCGGGAAUACCGCGCACCAUUAUGGGGGCGGGGCCUUCACUAUGAGCGGACCCAGCAGCUCACCAGCGCCAUUUUCCCAUCUACAGCUUCCGCAGGCAGCCUGACAGGGAAGCACAGCUCCUCAACAAGGACUCCAGAGCACCUCAGCGGUACCAGGGGGUCAUAGCGUGGCGGUGGGGGGUAAUAUUUUGUUGUACUAAGCCCUAUUAGGGUACUUAGUUUGCGACCCAGCUAAGUUUUUAUAUUUUAGCUAUAGGGGCGCUGUGUGGCUGGCUCCAAUAUACUGUCUCUCCCUAGAAGGGCUCUGUGUGGGUUAACUGUGCUUUUAACCUAUUCCUCACUGUGUGUGUGUGUGUGUGUGUGUGUGUGUGUGUGUGUGUGUGUUCUUUUACAUUUAUCAUGUCAAAGGAGUGUGUAUCAUGCACAGCAGAUUGCUUUUCUCAAACUGGGGGAUCUCUACAGUGUACCCAGGAUAGUACACAUUUUCAGGCUAGUGGACCAGAACCAGUAUGGUUAGAUUCAUUAAAAGGGAUGAUUUCAAAUAUUUCAAACAAAUUAUCCCAAAAUGAAAAGGAGACGUAGUAUUUAAGGCAAUCUGUAGAUGACCCGAUGAAUAGAAAUUCAAUGGUUAUUCCAGCGUCUCAGACCCCUGCUAUUUGUCCAUAGAAGCGUACUCUGGCCCAAAUUAUGCAGGCUGAUACCGAUGAUAAUGAUGUAUCAGAUCCAGAGGAGGGUGAAGUGGACUCGGUAGGGGGGGGUGCAGCUUUAUCACAGUGGAUACAGGCCCUGAUAGAAGCUAUUAGAGAUGUCCUGCACAUUCCUGAUAAGGUGUCAGAGGACGAGGAGGAAUCUUAUUUUAAUGUAAAAAAUAAAUCCUCAGCUACUUUCCCUGCAUCUAAGGAAUUAAAUUCCCUAUUUGAAGCAACUUGUGUGAAUCCUGACAAGAAGUUUCAGGUCCCAAAAAGGCUACUCGCAUCCUUCCCGUUUCCUCAGGAUGACAGAAAGAAAUGGGAAAACCCACCGAUAGUUGAUGCAUCGGUUUCUAGGCUGUCACGUAAGAUAGUUUUACCUGUUCCUGGGGCAGCUUCCUUGAAGGAUUCUGCAGACCGCAAGAUUGAGACUACUCUCAAAUCCCUGUACACAGCUUUGGGAGUGGCCCAGAGACCCACUAUAGCUUGUGCGUGGAUCUCUAGGGCCGUUGCAAAAUGGUCAGGUAAUCUAAUUGACGGGUUAGAUUCCUUAUCCAGGGGAAAGAUAAUUUUACUCCUUCAGCAUAUACAGGAUUCGGCUAACUUUAUGUUGGAGGCCAUAAAGGAAAUUGGUUUACUCAAUGCACGCUCCACUGCUAUGGCAGUAUCGGCACGCAGGGGCUUGUGGCUACGCCAGUGGACUGCGGGCGCGGAUUCCAGGAAAGGCAUGGAAAGCCUACCUUUCACAGGGGAAGCCCUUUUUGGAGAUGAACUGGAUACGUGGAUAUCCAAGGCUACGGCGGGUAAGUCUACAUACCUUCCUUCCGCAGCUCCCCCGGCUAGAAAAUCCUGCACUGCUCCAACUCUGCAGUCCUUUCGGACAGCGAAGAUUAAGAACAAGACCAAGGGUUCUUCUACAGCCUUCAAAGGCAAUAGAGGGAAACCCAAAAAAACAGCAACUGCAGGUUCACAGGAACAGAACUCCGGUUCUGCUUCCUCUAAGCCUUCAGCAUGAUUGUGGACCGCACUGCCUGGAAGACAGGCAGGUGGGAGCCCGUUUGAGAUUCUUCAGUCACAGAUGGGCAUAUAAAUCUUAUAAUCCAGUGCUACAGACUGGAGUUUCAAGAACUCCCACCUCACAGAUUCUUCAAAUCAGGCUUACCAGCCUCUCAAGAAGCAUAUAUGACUUUACAGGAAGCAAUUCAAAAACUGGUAUGGACUCAGGUCAUUGUUCCAGUUCCACUACAGCUGCAAAGCCAGGGUUAUUAUUCCAACUAGUUUGUGGUUCCAAAGCCGGACGGUUCGGUUAGGCCCAUUUUAAAUCUCAUGUUGUUGAACACCUACGGGUUCAGGAUGGUGUCUGAGAGCGGUGAUUUCAUGUCUGGAAGAGGGGGAAUUCUUGGUGUCUCUGGAUAUCAUAUCUUCAUAUUCCGAUUUGGCCGCCUCAUCAGGCUUAUCUGAGGUUUGUAUUACAAGACUGUCACUACCAGUUCCAGGCCCUGCCAUUUGGCCUCUCCAUGGCAUCGAUGGUGUUCACCAAGGUAAUGGCAGAGAUGAUGUUUCUCCUCCGCAAACAGGGAGUGAACAUAAUUCCGUAUCUGGACGAUCUGCUGAUAAAAGCACCUUCCAGGGAGAGGUUGUUAGACAGCGUUGCCCUCUCAACCCUUCUACUCCAGGAUCACAGGUGGAUUCUGAACCUACCAAAAGCUCAUCUGGAACCAACACGGAGACUCCAUUCCUGGGGAUGAUACUGGAUACGGAGGCACAGAAGGUAUUCCUUCCGUUGGAAAAGGCAUUGGUGAUCCAGUCGAUGGUGUGGGAUAUUCUAAGGAAAACCCGGAUGUCGGUGCAUCUAUGCAUUCGCCUUCUGGGAAAGAUGAUGGCCGCUUACAAGGCGCUGCAGUACGGAAGGUUCCACACAAGGCCCUUCCAGCUAGAUCUGUUGGACAAAUGGUCCGGAUCGCAUCUUCACAUGCACCAGUGGAUCCAUCUCUUGCCAAAAGCCAGGAUUUCUCUUCUGUGAUAGCUUCAGACUUCUCAUCUGACUGAAGGCUGGAGGUUCGGGAUUCAAAAUUGGAUUCUGCUAACCACAGACACAAGCCUCAGAGGUUGGGGAGCAGUCACCCAGGGGGAACAGUUCCAAGGAAAAUGGUCAAGUCAGGGAGCCAUUCUUCCGAUCAACGUUCUGGACCUAAGAGCCAUAUACAACGCCCUUCUACAGGCAUCUCAUCAUCUUCAAGAUCAGGCCAUUCAGGUUCAGUUGAACAAUGUGACGGCAGUAACGUACAUAAACCGACAAGGCGGAACGAAGAGCAGAGCAGCAAUGUCAGAGGUAACAAGGAUUCUUCUCUGGGCAGAAAGACACGCUCUCGCGUUGUCAGCGAUCUUCAUUCCGGGAGUAGACAACUGGGAAGCAAACUUCCUCAGCAGACAUGACCUCCACCCGGGAGAGUGGGGCCUUGACCCGGAGGUGGGGAAUGCCACAAAUCGACAUGAUGGCCUCUCGCCUCAACAAGAAGCUCAAGCGGUAUUGUUCCAGGUCGAGGGACCCCGUGUUCAAAGUCUGUACAGGCCCACUCUACUAGGUCGGCUGCCCGGGAUGUCUCAGCUUUGCCGAGCAGCUACUUUGUCAGGUUUGAACACGUUUGCGAAGUUCUACAAGUUCGAUACUUUGGCCUCUGAGGACCUUCAGUUUGGUCAAUCAGUUCUGCAGGAACCUCAGCACUCUCCCACCUGGUUUGGGAGCUUUGGUACAUCCCCAUGGUAUUAUUGUGGACCCCAGUAUCCUCUAGGACGUAAAAAAGAGAAAAUAGAAUCUUAAUUACCUACCGGUAAAUCCUUUUCUCGUAGUCCGUAGAGGAUACUGGGCACCCGUCCAGCGCUUCGUUUCUUCCUGCACUGUUACUUGGUUAAGUAUUGUUGGUUCAGCUGUUGCUGUUCCUGGUAAAGUUUGGUUAGCUUGGCUUUCCUCUAGUUUGUAUGUGCUGGUUCGGAAUCUCACCACUAUCCUUUUAUAUCCUUCUCUCAAAGUAUGUAUGUCUCCUCGGGCACAGUUUCCUAGACUGAGUCUGGUAGGAGGGGCAUAGAGGGAGGAGCCAUUCCACACUAUGAAAUUCUUAAAGUGCCCAUGGCUCCUAGUGGACCCGUCUAUACCCCAUGGUACUAAUGUGGACCCAAGUAUCCUCUACGGACUACGAGAAAAGGAUUUAUCAGUAGGUAAUUAAAAUCCUAUUUUCCCACUAGUGCAUAAUUUUACCCCUAACGUUUAGCGUUCUGAGCAUGUUGGCAGUUCACUCAUAUUCACAGGUAACUGUCGACCAUGUUACUGGAAAACCUUGUUUCCAUAGGUAUCUCUCACAGUUACCAUUAUAUACAAAGGUAUAGGCUUGUCUACAUAUGUUUCUAGACUAGAGCUUCUAGUAUGUAGAUCUUAGUGUUUUGACUGGAGCCAUUGCAGGGAGAAGUUAAAAAAUAGGUUUAUGUUGGGUCUGAAGUUUUAUAUUAGGCCUGUGUUUAGCAGGACAGCACUAGGAUAAACAUAACCAACAAAACAAGAACAGUAAAAGGAUACAUACCAGAGUGUAUCAGGAGUACAUUUAAAUUAGAUGAACAGUGCAAUAGUGUUGUACACCAUUGGCCGCUAAUCGUGCUGCGCUUCUAUUGCCUUACAAUGGAUUAUACAGGGUGUUCAUGUUUUAUUCCAGUUUACUUUGAUCUCCUCGGUAUGCUCUUGAUUGUAUCCGCUGUCUAAUCAAAACAUGAUCAUCUAUAUGUCAUUUACAACUUUAACAAUAUAUAUUUCACCAUUGUUAAUUUGAAAUUGACUUUUGCAAAGUGUCGAUAAAGCAUGCCCUGUAAUAAAAAGAAUACAUUAGUGCAUUGUUUUGGAUUUCGGAGGCACUGUCCUCUAUCGGGCCCUAUGUUGGUAUCUUGUAGAUGUGCCACUAAAAGAAUUCCAUCCUUUCACACGGGUUGGGUAGGGUUUACCGGCGCUGGGGAUCCUGGUGGUCAGCAUACCGACUGUGGGAUCCUGGCUGCAGAAUGCCGAUGGGGGGGUGGGAGCGCGAGUGCAACAAAGCCCCUUGCGGGCUCGGUGCGCUUGCCACAGGUUCUAUUCCCACUCUAUAUGGGUUUCGUGGACACCCACGAGUGGGAAUAGUCCCUGUUAGUCGGCAUGCCGACUGUCGGGAUUUAGAGGUUGCGAGAUGUAGCCGUCGGUAUUGUGAGCGGCAGUCUCCUGACUGCUGGUCACAUAACUACAUCCCUUUCACACAGAUAUUUUUGCUGCAGCAUGACUUCUAGGCAAACCAACAUCUGGGAAAUUAGUAAUUGAUUGGGCUUGUUAGUACUGUCUGGGUAAACUUUUAGGGGGUCUUUGGAGAUCACACUGCUUUAAUAUUUGGUGCUUUGCCAGUGUAUUAGUUAAAUACCGACACAUUCUUAUAAUGACUUUUGCUUCUUUGGUUUAGAUUAAAAAAAUAUAUAUAUAUUAUUUGUUCUCUAGUACAAAGAAAAAAAAUUCAGUGUUCCUUCUGUGGUUUAUUUCCUACUGCAGAAUGUCACUUGAGACUGUAAUGCAAAGAUUUAUUUUCUUUGUUAAGCUUCCUUUAUAGUAAAUAUUUAUUCUGGAAAACA